AUGGCACAACCUUCUGUGAACGAGAAGCGUACUGACCCUGGCAAUGAGGAAGCUAUGAUCACCAAAGAGAUCACCGGAGAUGGCAUGACUGAGCUAUACAUUGAUCCUGUGAAGGAGAAGAUUCUGCUUGCGAAGCUGGACCUGUUCUUUACGCCCGUCAUUAUGCUGGUCUAUCUGUCAUGCUUCCUCGACAGGACAAACAUUGGAAAUGUCAAGGUCGCCGGCAUGCCAGAGGACAUAGGCGCCUCCGCCCAGCAAUUCUCGACCGCGGUGUCUAUCUUCUACGCAACUUACGUCACUUUUGAAACGCCUUUCGCGAUUCUGCUGAAGAAAUUGACACCUCGUGUUCUCUUGACAAGUCUUUGCAUAGUCUGGUCACUGACCACAAUCUUCUCUGGAUUCAUCCACAACGUCGCAGGACUGUAUGCAAGUCGGUUGGUCCUGGGAGCAUGUGAGGCCGGGCUCUUCCCGUCUCUGACACUCUACCUCACCAUGGUCUACCGGAGAGAAGAGCAAGCCAAACGCGUGGCCUAUCUUUUCAGCUGCACCGCGUUGUCAGGGGCCUUUGGCGGCCUGCUGGCUUACGCGCUAUUGAUGAUGGAUGGUGUUGCUGGUUACGCCGGUUGGCGAUGGGUCUACAUCAUCGAAGGGGUAUUCUCGACGGUGAUCGCUGUAGCGGUCUGGUUCGGCUUGCCCACCAAUCCAGCCGAGGCAUGGUUCCUUACACCGGAGCAGAAAGCAAUAAUGGUGAUCCGCCAGAAGCAAACUGCCGAAUAUCUGGGUGGCGACGAAUCCAAACGCUAUGAGUUCUGGGUGGCUCUAAAAGAUCCAAAACUUUACCUGAGCGCAGCCAUCCAGUGGUGUCAGGACAUUCUCCUCUAUGGCUUCAGCACAUUCCUGCCCGCUAUUCUUAAGGCUGCCGGUCACAAUAGUCUGCAGAGCAACUACCUGACCGUGCCCGUCUACAUCUUCGGAGCAAUCGCCUUCAUCAUAGCUGCGGUAUUUUCAGACCGACUGAGAUUGAGAUCUCCUUUCAUCCUUUUCGCCAAUAUUUUCGGCAUUGCAGGCUACAUUAUCCUCCUCACGGUCUCGUCCAACGGCGUCAAGUACUUCGCAACAUUCCUCUGCGCCGUCGCCGUGUACAACGGCCCAGGCCUCAAUGUUACCUGGAUCAACGUCAACGUCGCUCCCCACUAUCGCCGUGCAACGACUAUAGGAGUCCAGCAGACGAUUGCCAAUACUGCUGGUAUCGUCGCUGGUCAGAUCUACCGCACCUCGCCGUACAGGCUAGGCCACAGCUUUUCGCUUGGCGCGCUUGCUCUCAGCCAGGUGCUCAUCGUGAUUAAGAUUCUGUAUGUACGAAAUUGGAAUCUCAGGAAGGAAAAGAUUGCGAGUGGGCAGACGGAGGAUAAUAGAAAGGUCAAGACGGGUGACCGCGCACUGGACUUCAAAUAUCACCUGUAG